AUGACCCAUGUCCCGACGGCUAACAGCCCCAACUCCGAACAAGCCGAUAAGCAACUGCUCAAAGUGAAACUAUCGGGCACGAAACCCACCUCAAUCAUAUCAAGAAACAAGAGAAUCGAGUCUAGAGGAGAACCCAUUUGCGUAAACCUCGUGAUCAUCAGAGUCCAAGAAACGAGAUUUCUCACCGGCAUUUUAUCAAACACCUUCCGUGCAGAAUCUAAAUCACCAAAACCCUUUGCGAACAAAUCAAUCAACGCGCAUCCCACGCACACAUCGGAUCCAAAAUGGCCCGUCUUCAUCAGAAACCCAAAUAUCACGAGCCCUACGGCGGCGAAUUUCCGAUUGGAACACGCCCGAAUCGCGGCCGAGAAGCAAAACUCAUUCGGCCGCUCCCCGAGCUCCACCAUCUCCAGAAACAUCGCAAUCGCCUGCGAAUUUAGUUUACCCACGAAAUCAUGGCGCUCCAAGAGACCAAGUCCCUUAACCCGCCCAUGGAGGAGAAUAUCUCCUCCGCUUUCUUCCGGUCGCCGCAUUUGGAAGGCUGAUGAGCGAGUUGAGGACUACCGCGUCAAGCUCAAGACCCGAUUCGGUAAGCUUGGAGUGGACGGCCCGGCCCGUUUCCAGGUUUCGGGUGCGGAUGCAGGAUCGGAGGAGAACGGAGUAGGAGGUGAGGUCUGGAGCGAGGCCGGCGCUGGCGCUGGACAUGAGGUCGAGGGUGGAGAGGGCUUCGUCGAGGCGGCCGGCGUCGGCAUGGCGGAUCAGCCGGCUCUUGAGAGACUCAAAGACGGUGACAGCAGCGUUGUGGGGUCGUGCGGAGGGGUUUUUGCGGUUGGGUUUGAUGGAAGGAGAGGCGGUGGGGAGUGGCAGAGAGAGGCUUAUCAUUAUCUAUUUACCUCAUUGGGUGGCAAUACUCAAAUCCAUAAACUCUCUCUAGUCGAAAAUUACCUCAUUAGGUGCAAUGCCACGAUUGAGCAUCUAGUACACGCUGCUAAGAGAGGUACCGACAUCAUUUACGUUAGAAAGACCCAAUUUCACUGCAUGGCCGUAAAUUUGUUUACCGAGUCUCAGAUUAAAAAGAUUUCUGCACGCUUUCAACAGGCUACUGAACGUAAAAUGAUCCGGCUUGACUUCACCCUCGGUUAUCAUUCUACAGUACAGCUCAAAAGCUUCAUAGUCAUGGCCUCCACUCUGAACAUAACCCUGCGCACCCCAACCGCGCAUCGGCUCCAAAAUGCGCCGUCUUCAUCACAAGCCCAAACAUCACGAGCCCGACUGCGGCGAAUUCCUGAUUUGAACACGCCCGAAUCGCGGCCGAGAAGCAUAACUCAUCUGGCCGCUCCCCAAGCUCCACCAUCUGCAGAAACAUCGAAAUUGCCUGCGAAUUUAGGUUACCGUGCUCAUAGCACAAAAUCAUGGAUCUCCACGAGACCAAGUUCCUUAACCCGCCCAUGGAGGAGAAUAUCUCCUCCGCUUUCGUCCGGUCGCCGCAUUUGGAAGGCUGAUGAGCGAGUUGAGGACGACCGCGUCCAGCUCGAGACCCGAUUCGAUGAGCUUAGAGUGGACGGCCCGGCCCGUUUCCAGGUUUCGGGUGCGGAUGCAGUAUUGGAGGAGGGCGGAGUAGGAGGUGAGAUCUGGAGAGGCGCCGGCGCUGGACAUGAGGUCGAGGGUGGAGAGGGCUUCGCCGAGGCUGCCGGCGUCGGCAUGGUGGAUCAGCCGGCUCUUGAGAGACUUGAAACCGGCGACGGCGGGGUUGUGGGGCCGCGCGGAGGGAUUUUUGCGGCGGGAGUUAGGGUCGGUGCGGAGUGCCUCCCCGCUCGUGGCCCCAUGGAGCGCCACAUUGCCUAUUACGAUUUUGCCCUUGGGGGGGUCAAACCCGUUCCCCUUAAGCGGGUACACGACAAUCUUCCCACCCGACAACCCUUUGCCGACAUAAUCAUUACUCUCGCCCUCAAGCUCGAGGGUGAUGCCGGGGCAUAG